AUGGGGCAGCAGGUGGGCCGCGUCGGGGAGGCGCCGGGGCUCCAGCAGCCGCAGCCCCGCGGGAGCCGCGGAAGCAGCGCCGCCAGGCCGGCCGGCCGCAGACGGGACCCGGCGGGGCGCACGGAGGAGGCCGGCUUCAAUAUCUUUACCCAGCACGAUCAUUUAUCAAGCUGUAUUCAUGAUAACUUUGAAAUAAUCAAAAGAGGAAAGAGUUCUCCUGAAGCCCUUCACCGGCCCUAUGGGUGUGAUGUUGAAUCCCAGGCAUUGAAUGAAGCCAUCAGGUGGAGCUCCAAGGAGAAUUUGCUUGGAGCCACUGAAAGUGACCCCAAUCUCUUUGUUGCACUUUAUGAUUUUGUUGCAAGUGGUGACAACACACUCAGCAUCACCAAAGGUGAGAAGCUACGAGUGCUAGGUUACAACCAGAAUGGUGAGUGGAGUGAGGUACGCUCUAAGAAUGGGCAGGGGUGGGUACCAAGCAACUACAUCACCCCAGUGAACAGCCUGGAGAAGCAUUCCUGGUACCAUGGGCCAGUGUCCCGAAGUGCAGCAGAAUAUCUGCUUAGCAGUCUUAUCAACGGCAGUUUCCUUGUUCGGGAAAGUGAGAGCAGCCCAGGGCAGUUAUCCAUCUCACUUAGGUACGAGGGACGUGUAUACCACUACAGGAUCAAUACCACCACAGAUGGGAAGGUGUAUGUGACAGCAGAAAGCCGAUUUAGCACUUUGGCAGAGCUUGUUCAUCAUCAUUCAACAGUGGCCGAUGGGCUGGUGACAACCUUGCACUACCCAGCACCAAAGUGCAAUAAGCCUACAGUCUAUGGAGUAUCUCCCAUCCAUGAUAAGUGGGAAAUGGAACGGACUGAUAUCACCAUGAAGCACAAACUUGGGGGCGGCCAAUAUGGCGAGGUAUAUGUUGGUGUCUGGAAGAAAUACAGUCUUACUGUUGCUGUGAAAACACUAAAGGAAGACACCAUGGAGGUAGAGGAAUUCCUGAAAGAAGCUGCUGUAAUGAAAGAAAUUAAACAUCCUAAUCUAGUUCAGCUACUAGGGGUGUGUACCUUGGAGCCACCUUUCUACAUAGUAACUGAAUACAUGCCGUAUGGAAACCUGCUCGACUACUUGCGGGAGUGCAACCGGGAAGAGGUGAGCGCUGUGGUGCUGCUCUACAUGGCCACGCAGAUCUCCUCUGCCAUGGAGUACUUGGAGAAAAAAAACUUCAUCCACAGAGAUUUAGCAGCUCGUAAUUGUUUAGUAGGAGAAAAUCAUGUGGUCAAGGUUGCUGAUUUUGGCUUAAGUAGAUUAAUGACUGGAGACACCUAUACUGCUCAUGCUGGAGCUAAAUUUCCUAUCAAAUGGACAGCACCAGAAAGCCUGGCAUACAAUACUUUCUCAAUUAAAUCUGAUGUCUGGGCUUUUGGAGUACUGUUAUGGGAAAUUGCAACCUAUGGGAUGUCACCGUAUCCAGGCAUCGACCUGUCUCAGGUCUACGACCUAUUGGAGAAAGGCUAUCGUAUGGAGCAGCCCGAAGGGUGUCCCCCAAAGGUCUAUGAACUUAUGAGGGCGUGCUGGAAGUGGAGUCCAUCUGAUAGACCAUCUUUUGCUGAGACUCAUCAAGCUUUUGAAACUAUGUUCCAUGAUUCCAGCAUAUCUGAAGAGGUAGCUGAGGAGCUUGGGAGAACAGCUUCCUCCUCUUCCAUUGUACCAUACCUGCCUCGAUUACCUUUGCUUCCCUCCAAGACCAGGACACUGAAGAAGCAGGCAGAGAACAAAGAAAACAUAGAUGGGACCCAAGACUCUGCAGAGCCCUUGGCUUCUAGCUCAGCACCAGGGUUUAUUAGAAGCACACAGCCCCCCAGCGGGUCCCCAGCACUGCCUCGAAAACAGAGAGACAAGUCACCUAGUAGCCUCUUGGAAGAUGCCAAAGAGACAACUUUUACUAGGGACAGAAAGGGAGGCUUCUUCAGCUCCUUUAUGAAGAAGAGAAAUGCUCCAACACCUCCCAAACGCAGCAGCUCCUUUCGUGAAAUGGAAAAUCAGCCUCAUAAGAAAUACGAGCUCACGGGUAACUUCUCAUCUGUUGCUUCCCUGCAGCACACUGAUGGGUUUUCUUUUGUUCCAGCCCAACAAGAGGCGAAUUUGGUUCCCCCCAAAUGUUCUGGGGGGAACUUUGCCCAGAGGAACUUUUGUACUGAGGACGGUGGUGGUGAUGGCAGUGGUGAUGGCAGCGGCAGUGGUGGUGGUGGUGGAGGGGGGAGUGGAAGCACUGGUGGGUGGUCAGGCAUCACUGGCUUCUUUACACCACGCUUAAUCAAAAAGACCUUGGGCUUACGAGCAGGUAAACCCACCGCUGGUGAUGAAGCUUCCAAGCCUUUUCCAAGAUCAAACUCUACAUCUUCCAUGUCCUCAGGGCUUCCAGAGCAGGAUAGGAUGUCAAUGACACUUCCCAGGAACUGCCAGAGGUCCAAAAUCCAACUGGAAAGGACAGUGUCCACUUCUUCUCAGCCAGAGGAGAACACGGGGAGGUCAAGUGACCUGAUUCCCAAAAAGUUAGAGGAAGGCCCUGCCUCGUCCAGGGACAGACCAAAAGCCAAACUUUUACCCAGAGGCACCACAGCUCUUCCUCUUCGAGCCCCUUUGGGGGAUGCAGCUAUUAUGGAGAAGGACUCAGUGGGGUCAGGGGCCUCGGUAGUCCCUAAGAACAAAGAAAAGAAUGGCGCAGCCCGGCUUGGGAUGGCAGGACUGCCAGAGGACGGAGAAAGGCCGGGUUGGUCAUCUCCAGCCAAGGCUGCGACAGUACUGCCAACUACUCACAACCACAAAGUGCCCGUUCUCAUUUCACCCACUCUGAAGCACGCUCCAGCGGAUGUCCAGCUCAUUGGCACAGACUCUCAGGGGAAUAAAUUCAAGCUCCUAUCUGAGCAUCAGAUCCCGUCCUCUGGGGAUAAGGACCGACCACGACGGGUAAAACCAAAGUGUGCUCCACCUCCACCCCCAGUGAUGAGGCUUUUACAGCACCCACCCAUGUGCCCAGACCUCACAGAAGAGCAGAACACUCUGGUUGGAGGGCAGCUUGGACCAGAAGUGCAUGAAGGUGGAAAGAAGGCAGCAUCAGUGACAACACCUGUCAGUGCAAAAGCUGGGAGGCCGGCAAUGCCUCCACCUCAAGUGCCUCUGACCACGGGUUCCACGUCACCUGCAAAAAUGGCCAAUGGCACCGCAGGCACCAAAGUGGCACUGAGAAAGACCAAGCAGGCUGCCGAGAAGAUCUCAGCAGACAAAAUCAGCAAAGAAGCCCUGCUGGAGUGUGCCGACCUGCUGUCUAGUGCCAUCACAGAACCCAUGCCCAAUAGCCAGCUGGUGGACACCGGACACCAGCUGCUGGACUACUGCUCAGGCUACGUAGACUGCAUCCCACAGACACGCAACAAGUUUGCCUUCCGGGAAGCUGUGAGCAAACUGGAACUCAGCCUGCAGGAGCUGCAGGUUUCCUCAGCGGCUGCUAAUCUGCCCGGAACAAAUCCCGUCCUUAAUAACUUAUUGUCGUGCGUCCAAGAGAUCAGCGACGUGGUUCAGAGGUAG